AUGAAGCCAAUCAUUAUCCUUUUCUUAUACAUCAUGAUUGUUACAGCCAAUAUGUGCCAGAACAAUGCUCAGACAGCCGGAUCUCCUCUCUUUGGAAGUUUCGGGAUAGCAGGUUAUACAUAUGCCUAUCUUUUGGACAUUCUUGAAGAUCAGACCAAUGAAUUACUCUAUUUUAUUGGAUAUUUUGUUUCAACUAGUCCAUGGGACACAAUUAUCUACAAGUCUGACCCUGACCUGACCAAGGUGCAAGUGAUGACUUAUAAUAUCUAUUGCAACGAGUUUUCGUACGCCUUAUCUCCUAAUAGCGACUUCAUCUAUAUCCAAGAUCGGACAACAGGAAAGAUAUUCGAGAUCAGGACUGCAGACAUGGUCAUCUCCAGGGAGUUGUCUGUUAGUUCUACUUCGUUUUCUUAUAAUUCGCAUAUGGAAGUAAGCAAAGGCUUCUACUUCAGCUUCCUCCUCAGCUCGAUCACGCACACUUGAAGAUGGGACAUGUCGAAUACCAAUCUCAACUGAUUCACUUUCGGAGUAGAUAAGCAUACAAACUUUGCUUCAAUUAGUGCAGAUCUGCUUUUCUUCGGAUCAACUGACACAAUAGCUGAUCAGUAUUACCUUGUUAACUACAACUUCUCCUCCUCCGGCUUGGUCUGGAAGAAGAGCAUUGCCUGUCCCACUUCAGGCUGAGUGAGCAAAUACAGCACCUCUUUGCAGAGCAGAGAUGAAGAGUGGGUCUACACGAUGGUGCUGUAUGAUGAUAACUUCAUUUUCCACAAACUCAGCAUAGCCGAUGGGAGCCCCCAAAGCUCAGGGCUGAUUUGGAAUGAUAGUGGGUAUAGUAAUAGUUAUUGAAUGGAAGAGUUCAGUGACUUCAUUGCCGUUCAUAUUCGUACUUCUUCAUUACCAAAUUACAAAAGGUUAAUUUUGAUAACUCCCACAGAAACAGAAGUUGUGAAGGAAUACAAAUCAGUAGGCUCUGAGGCUUAUGCAAUAGGAAGAUUGUUGUAUAAAGGAGAAGAAUUGAUGUAUCAUUCUGGAACAAUUGCCACUGAUUCUAAAUUCUUCCUUGCUAGAUCACCCACAAACAACAUUGACCAACUUUCUGAGUUUGAAGAAGAAGCUCCUCUGUUCAGCUCAAUUACCACUAACUAUAAAGUUUUUUCAACAACAUCGAAUCCAAGCAUUUCCACAAGCACGAAGACACUCACUAUCUCAACCUCAUCCUCUGUCAUGACUACUGACAUCACAUCUUCUACCAAUCCUUUGUUCACAAGAUAUGUCGCAUUGUGGAACCAAGACCACUUCCAGACUGUCCAGAGCAACUCAUCAGUGAAAUUGAAUAUCACUUGGGCCUGAGCUCAAUCAGCAAACUACACUUCCAUCAGUUUCAGUCUGGCCCAAACUGGUUCCAAUGCUAUUCCUGAGUGGGUAAAGCUGGAUGCGGACAAUCAAGAGUUACAACUUAAUACCACUCCAAAGUUGGGUACCAAAGAAGUCUUCUUCUUUUCUCUUCAAAUCUCCUUCAACAGUGAAGUGCAUUAUAAGAAGUUUGAAAUCACUGUAGAAGAGUGAUCUAUUCAGAACUGCCAGCUAUGAACACUGAACAACCCCAGUUUUUGAGAAUCCUGAUCAGAUGAUUAUCAAAGCUCUGAUGGGCAGAAAUCUUGUUCCAAAAUAGGUGCAGUGGCUAGAACAACAGAAACAGCUACUGCUUUGGUGACAUUGAGUGUCAUACUUGCAAGUGCAUCAUCUCUACUAUCAUUAUCAUCUAUCAAUUCAAUCUUUAGUGUCAUGAACAGUCUGCAACUUGCAAUGUUGCUGCCUCUGGUUCCUGACUACUUUUCACUCAAAGUGUUAGAUUUCUUGAGUGGAAUGGGGUUCACAAUGCUCUCAUUCGACUUCAUCAAGUUUAAGGAUCUUCCAUUUGUGGAAGAUCUUACAGAUUGGGUGUCAUACCCCCAGUCCGAUGAGUACUUGAACAGCAUUGGAAUGAGGUCUGGGAGUUCAGUUGUCAAUUAUUUAUCACUGGUGGUCAUUCUUAUUCUUGUUGGAAUCAUUAAUUUUUGAAUUUUUCUGUGCAAGAUAUGAACAGAGAACUCAAAACACAGAAGAUGUAAGAAAUUUUUCAAUAAGUUGUUCAAGAUGCUAACUUUUAAUAUCUAUAUUAGAAUAUUCAUGCAGGCUUUUGUAUUUACAACUCUCUCCAUAUUCUCUGAACUUUAUAAUCUAAAUCUUGCUACAACUGUGACAAAAAUAUCCUUGGGUUUGUGAGUAAUUUUUGCUAUAUGCACAAGUGUGCUGUUUAUCUUGUCAUUUAUAAUGUACUGAGCAUCAUUUCCUCAGCUUGAUAAAGACAAGUAUUGGACAUGAAUCGAAUACUUUAAUGGAAUCAAGCCAACUAAAUGCUCCAAACUCUAUUCUAGUCUGUUUAUGCUGGUGAGAUUAUUGAUGACGUCAUUACUUAUAUUUGGCCAAACUACCCGUCCAUAUGAAAAAGCCAUCUACUUUUACUUGCUAAACAUUGCUUACUGAAUUUACUUGAUAAUUGUCAGACCAUUUGAGAAUCCUCAGGACAAUAUCAUUGAGAUCAUUAACCAGACACUGUUUUGCUGUCUAGCAGUACCGCUAUCUUGGCUUAAUACGAAACAAGCCUGGACUCCGUUCUAUGAAAGCUAUUACACAACAAUAUUAAUGACAUCUCCAGCUAUUGGAAGCUUAAUAUGCCUUGGUUUCUUGAUUAAAUCAAUAGUGGUAUAUAUAAAAAACAGGAAGGCCAAGAAGAAAAAGCAAAAUGUAGCUCCCAAAGAACGCUCUCCUUCCCAAAGACCACCCCGGAACCAAGAAUAUCCUCGACCAAGACCCUCCCCUUUCAUCAACAACCAGUCCUUGAGCAUGAGCAGAAGCAAUGCUCCAAUUGCACCUCCUCCCGCUACUCAAAGAAGACCUUAUGAAAGAUCUCCUCGCAGUAGAAUUCCAAUGAGAAGGAAACUGAAUAAUCACAAAUAA